AUGGCCUGCCAGCCGGCGCUUAGCCGCUUUCGGCAACCGCCCAUCGACGACGGGCCUUUUCGCUCGGGGCGGUGGUGGGAUGGCAGAAGGAAUGGGUUCCUAGCUCCCUGGAUCUUCGGGUUCGGUAGACCGGCAGACGGCGGAAAGGGCCAGGAUGUGCGGGCCAAUCUCACUCCUCUGCUGCCGCCACAUGGCAGGUGCAGGCGAUGGCGUGCGGGCACCGUUGCCCGCCGCAGAGGCGUCUGUCUACGGGGCCGGACGCUUGACAAAACGGCGCAGGCUUGGUUCCUGGGUCGGUUCCACAGCACUCGAUCUGAUGGCCAGGAUGUGUUUGUGUCCAUUGGCGGGGCUCGAUGGAGGUUCGUCAACGCUUGA